AUGGCCCCGAGAAACCCCUCAUUCCCGGACGAAGGCCCCGGCACUGCCUUCUUUCCCACACCGCAGCCACGGGGCGAGUUUCCGAGGGGGAGGAGCAGCGCGUGUUCCCCACGGACACCCCACCGGGAAGCCGUUCCGCGCAAGCCCGGCGGGCGGGGGAAGGAGCAGGCGGGGGGGGACCGGCGGCGGCAGCAGGGAGGCGGCGACGGCGGGGCGGGCAGCGGGCCCGGGGCGUGGCGCGGGUCCGGCGGCGCCGGGAGGCGGCUCAGUCCCCGCUGCCAGCCGAGGGCGGCCGGCCCCGCGGAGCAGCCGCCCAGCCCGGCCCGCCCCGCGCCGGAGCCGCCGCCGGCCGGCGAGGGCGGCAGCAUGAGCGGCGGGCGUAGCGGGCGAUCCGCCGUGAAGAUGGAGGCACCGUUUUAUCCCGAGGAAGGACUGGAGCUGCUGCCCGACUUCGUACCGCUGCCGGGUUUCGGUACCGCUGGCGGACCUGGAGCCGAUGCGGCGGCGGGGCAGAAGCUGCUGCUGGGCGCCGGGAAGAAGCGGGACCUGCCGGCUGCCGCCCCCGCGCCGCUCCCGGGGCCCUUCGCCCUUCGUCCGCCUGCCGGCGCCCGCGGCAGCGCGGCAGCUCUGCGCUUGUUACCGCCGCCCGCCGCCGCCGCCGCCGCCCCGCCGCCCACCGCGGGCUCCGCGGAGACGGGGAGCGGCGGCGGAGCGGCGGCGGCCCGCGGCGGCCCGGAGGCCGCGCUGGGGUCGGCUGCAGAGCUGCCGCUGCUGAAGCUGCCACCGGCCGCAGACCUGGAGCAGCUGCUGAUCCAGGGGGGCGCGGGGCUGGGCGCGGGCAGCCCGGGGCCGACGGCACCUGGGGCAGGGAGCGGCGGGGCGGCGGGGCCGUUCCUCUACCGGCAGCCGGUGACGCAGGAGCAGGAGGGUUUCGCCGACGGCUUCGUCAAGGCCCUGGCCGACCUGCACAAGCAGAACCAGCUCCUGGCGGCCCCGCCGCCGCUCUCCGCGCCGGGACCCUGCUGCACCGCCCGCCCGGGGCCGCCGGGAGCCCCCGCCACUGCCGCCGCCGACCCUCCGGCCGUCUACACCAACUUGAGCGGCUUCAACCCCGCGGGGCCGCUGAGCCCCUCGGGCAGCGCCUACCCCUCCGCCUCCGCCCCGCCGCCGCCGCCGGGCCUGGCCUUCGGGGCGGCGGGUCUGGGGAGCGGCCGGCUGCCGCCGGCGCGGUCCCUGGAGGAACCGCAGACCGUGCCCGAGGUGCCGCCGUCGGCGGGCGGGGAGGGCGGCAGCAGCGCGCCCACGCCGCCGUCGCUGUCGCCGCUGGACGCGGAGAGCCAGGAGCGUCUGAAGGCAGAGCGCAAGCGGCUGCGAAACCGCAUCGCCGCCUCCAAGUGCCGCCGGCGGAAGCUGGAGCGCAUCGCCCGGCUGGAGGAGAAGGUGAAGGCGCUCAAGGGGCAGAACGCCGAGCUGGCCGCCACCGCCAACCUCCUCCGCGCCCAGGUCACCCAGCUGCAGGGUCGCGUCCGCAGCCACCUCUCCUCCGGCUGCCACAUCAACGCCGCCGGGCAUCCUCCUCCUCCUCACGCCGCCGCCCAGCCGCGGGAGACUGCCCCCGAGGCGGCCGCCGCCGCGCCGGAGACCAGCGCCUGCUGAGGAGGGACACCCCGCCGGCCCCGGCCCCAUCCCGCCCGGGGGCACCGCGGGGCCAAGGGGACAUGAGUUCUUGUGCUGGAGUCCUGCUUUGGGCGGUAUCCUCUCAAGUCAGUGAGGACUAACUGAAGAAACAGCAAAUCCAGCCUUUAUGAACUAAUUCUUCUGAAGCACACAGAUACCUGCAAAUGCAUGUGGAGGUGCUGUGCAUAGACACCAGCAUGCAUAGAGAAGGGGAUGGCCAAAAGGAAGGAACUGUGAUUUUCUUAGCUGCAACAGUACACAAUGGGAUUUUUCAUAUUCUUUUGUUGUGGUCAAAUUCUUCCAGAAGAAGACUAACCUUCAUUUCUGUGUGUGGUCACAAGGUGAUUUUUUAGAUUUCCAUUCAAAUUGGAGAACUGUCAGAUCUUGCAAUGCUAAAUUAACACAAAAAGAGAACUUAUUUUAAAGUCACAUUUAGCCUUAAUGUUAUCUGAAGUGCUGCAGUUCAUAUGUAGUAGUUUACUGUAAGGUGAAAUGAUGAUUAUCAUAAAUAAUGUUUUGAAGGAGUCACCCUAAUUAAUUACCUACGUGAUGUUUGCUUUUUUGUCUGCUGUCAAAAAGUCUCUAUCCAUAGCAUAGCUAGCUGUAAAUUGAGCUUUGCUCUGAAUUUCUAGUACUAGUAACAAACAGGGUCUGCAAUAGUUUAAGGAGUAAAUGUUCUGGCUAAAGAAUGACCAUUUCUGUAGGAAUGCUUUGAAGUGAUGGUCAGGUUUGAAGCCUUGCUAACAUGGAGAUAAUAGAUAUGACCAGUUCACUGUGCACUAAUACAAUGAUUCUGAUUUUUAGCACACUGCUGAUAAGAUUUACUACUGCUGUUACUUAUUGGUUAAGAACUAAGUGUGGGUGGAAUUGUAAGUCAGCUAAAUAGGGUCUGGAUAGCUGUCUUGCUGGAGGUCAGUAACAGACUCCCAUCCCAUACAAGGGGGAGGAAAGAAAACAUCUUUGGUCAUAGUCUCUGUUUUGAUUUUGCAAGUCCAGUUACUUUUUUAGGUUGAGUCCUGUUUUACUCUUACCUCAAAAUUUAUUUGAAUAAAUUUGAAAACCUUUCUAAUAGGUACCUUAAAGCAUGUCUUGCAACUGUUCAUUUACAAUCAGUGGUUGUACAACUGUGGUAUUACUUCUGUCAUAGAUGGAGAAAGCUGAAGCUACUAAGAGUCAGGCUUCUCACUGCAUCCCUGUUCUUAAACAAUGGACUGAACAUGUGAAAAAUCAUGGCCAGUAGCUUGAACUCUGAGAAGCUGUUUGAUACCAUUUUCUUGUCCUCUUCAGAGAGCUUCCCACUGCCCCAAGGGAUGUGUCCCUCCUGCCUCAUAUGGAAAAUUGACCUUUAAGGAUUAACAGUUUUUAACUAACUAACUAGCUAACUAACUAACUAAAGAUAGUCUUCUGGUACAUGCUGAGUAAUUUGAAAGAUAACAUACUGAACUUGACAAUCUUUCCCACACCUCUGUUUCAUAAAUCUCCAGAUUUUCUUGUAAUGCAGAGCGGAAGCAAUGGAGUAGUGUCAAGUAAAGUUAGUGUGAUGUUCCAGAGAGUGUAUUUAGGAUAGUCUCCUUCUUUUUCCGUAGUAACUGCUAUGGAAAGAGAGCAGUAGAAGAUACUGAUUUAAAACUUGCUGUUCUUCACGAGUAGAGCCAGAGUUUGAAUUCUUGGAUUUUUCCAACUUUUACCAUUCUGUCUUUUAACAUCCUUCAUGGGAGGGUGACAGAAGUAUUGAGGAAAUACUGUUAGGGAGUUAAAUGUUCUUGUUAUGUCUAAUGUCACAUAAGUUAUGGCCAUAAGUAGCUAGGACACCUAUUUAUAGUCUGCAAGAUGACACCUUCAGAAUAGGGAUUCCAAAAAUGCUGCCAAAGUGUUGUUAUCUGUCCAAAGCAUUUUGGGCCAGUUAGUAAAAUCGUAUUGUAAAUCCUUGUGAUUUUUGACAGUCUUUGUGUGCACCCUGUAAGUGAAAUCACCGCACAAGCUGGUAUGUCUACGUGGUAUGAUACCACUUUCCCAGCAGGCCAGUAGUGUCUAAUAAAGUUUAUGUCUUUAUUCCUUUCCCCACUGGGAAUAUGAGAGAUGAUAGUUGAAUUUUUCAGCACCAGGAAGGAGAAAAAAAAGGAAUCCAAGGAAAAAAUAAUAUUUAUCUCUAAAACAGUAUUUAAUGGUAAUAUUUGUUGCAUGUUUAAGUGGCAGAUAAUUAAGACUACUCUUCAGAAUGCUUUUUAACUUACUUUGUUUUGUUAUUACUGCUUAAGUGUCUUCUAAAUGUCUCUUCUUUAGAAACUGUGCCCCUCCCUGUUUGGCCUGAUGACUGUUGAUUUCACACUUACCCUUAUUUAUUUAAAGCCAUGGCAACCACCAUACUGAAAUGUCGUCAAGUAAAGCCCAGGUCUGCGUGCUGACUGGUGAUGCAAAGCUCUGCUCUCUAAUAAAAUGCAGCCCUUCAAGGACGAGCUCCAAAAGACAGCUACGCCCUGUCUUCAAGCAUUUGCUCUAAUUUCAAGGCUUUGCCAUGUGGUGUUGCUCAACGUGCAGCAAAACAAGUUCUUGCGAGCCCCUUGAGCAUUCCUCCGUGUGUAACAAAUUAAAUAUUCAGGCUUCCUUAAUUCUCCCGUCCCCCCCCGCCCCCCCCCAAAAAAAAACAAGCCCCAAAACCAAACCAAGACCCACAGAAAGAAACCCAAACCCGAAAUAAAAGGCCCAACACAAGUAUAUCUUGGAGAAUUGUUUUACUUUGUUGCAAAGUGCUGUUAAUUACAGAGACGCUUAGCGCUGUUCUGACAUGUGAGCCAUCAAUCUAAACACUCCCAACAGUGAUUUUGCUUUGGUUGCGCUUUGCUACUUUGUACGGGACAAAGGGAAGGGAGAAAGUGUUGCAAUAUAGUAUUGUGCAAUUCCUGUCUUUUAAAUAGAAAAUGAUAGGCAAGUCUGCAUAGGCCUCUCGCACACCAAAAUUUAGCCACUGAUUUUUGCCACUCCCACUCUUCUUAAUCAGGAACGGGUCUACUGGCUUCUUAAGGUGAAAAGGAGAGAAGGGGAGAGGAGUAGAGAGAUUCAGAGGUGGCAGUACCAGGGAUAUUCUGCUGUGAAGGGCCUUGAGCCUCCUGGGUCUUAAAACUCAAUCUGUUAGGUUACCUCUAGUUUAUGAUAUCUGAAGGUAAUUCUUAGACUCCCUAUGGAGCAUCUUACCAGGAGAGGUGGCUGGGUCUGUAUUGCUGAAUAAGACUUUUGAUGAAGUAGCUCUUUGGCUUUCUGUGUUUUUCCAUCUGUGGAGUUGUAGGACAUUCUUCCAGAGCAGUUUCUCUUUCCUGUAGUGGCUCAUCUAAAGCUGGCUUGUUGUAAGUGCAAUUUCUGCCUACACUGAAAAAUCUUUCUGAGGUUCAGGGGACCACGUAUGUGCCCUCACUGCGUGUUUUUUGUGGUGGCUAAUCCUGUAUGACUCAAAGGAGAUCCCCUUAGAAAGGAGUAGCUCCAGUUAGGUGCAGACUAGGAAAGAUGAAAUCUAUCAUUCUUUGUGCAGUAUGUCUUUCUAUCAGUUCAACAGAGGAACUAACUCCCGUAAGAUAAAGGAGAGCUCUUGGGCAAUAGGACCCAGCUUUGAAAACCCUUGGUGGCUUCUGAUUCUUGCUAAGCUUCCAUGAUGCAGAAAACACUUAAUGAUCUGCAUUACUAUAAUCACAGUACCUUGCAAUGUCAUGGGCUGGGUCUGCUGGUAGUAUCAUGCAAGUUCUGUGGUCCUUACUGGGAUUCAUGCCACAUGCUGAUUAACAGAAUAAGGAAUUUCCUGUAAAGGGCAAGAAUCCCCUCCCUGCUCUGUCACCACCAGCAUCUCCAAGCUCUCUUUUUGUCCAAAAGAAGUGUGAGCAAACUGCCACUUCCUACAAUUCUUCAAGCUGGUUCUUCACAGGCCUUCAAGCAUGGCACUGAAACCUUUUCCUUCAGGGUAGCUCUUCAAAACAAAAGGUGGAAGCAGAGCAGUUCAAAUUGGACUUUGCUCUUCCAGCAGCUUAUGUGCAACUAGUUGGUGGGUGGGUGUUUUUCCCAAACAUCCUUUCUUGGGUUUUUGUAAGUUGGCUUUAUGUGUACCUUCUUAUUCUGCCUUACUAAAUUAGCUGGCACAGGGGAAGCCUCUGAGAAACCCUUUAAAAAUCUCUGCUUUUGGUAGAAUUUUAUGAAAUUACGGCAUGUGAACAGGUUGAAAAAUCCCCAACGAAACAACAAAAAAAACCCCACAAAAGUAACCCAAAACAGACAACAAAACAAGUAAUUUUGUAUGGAUAUCAUGGACCUUUAAAAACUUGAUUAAUUUUGGGAAGUCUUCAACAGGUGUGCUGGCAAGGACAUUGCACACAGAUGGAGAUAGUAGUGAAACAAAAUUCAGUAGCUACUCAUUUGCUGGAUUUGGUCAGGAGAGAUUUUAAAGGGCACUUCUGAGACCUUUUUUCUGAUGUGGUGAUUUUUUUUCUGUAAACAAGCUACAGGGCUUAAUAAUACACAACUGAGGAUUAUGUCCAUUGUAAUUUUUUUUACAUUACUUUUACUAACUGUGUAGUAUUAUAUUCAAAAUACUUAUUUCUGAGACAAAGUGGACAAUACUAGUGGGCAUCUUGCACUUGAUUAAAUGUAAAACAUUUUCUUAAUUUAGUGAUGUGUUUAGGAAAAUACUGUAACUUACUGAAUAUACAACAGUGAUAACUGUGUUUACAAUAAUUUUCAAAUUCCUACUGUUCAGUGGUAGCCAACUUGUUUGAGAAUUGGAAAUAAGGCAUACUGCAAUUGGCAAUCUUGGAAAAAUUAACUCAAUGCUGCUACCACUAAAUUCUGUGGGAUGGAUACCGUGGGUUUAAAUGGCAGCAGGAUUGUAUUCCAAGCCUCUGUCUUAAGUACUUAUGACUAAAAGGCGACUUGCCUUGUGCUCAUUUAUGUAUCCCUGUGUGUAGUACAUCAGUUAGAAAUCUGUUAAUGAUUGAUUUGUAACAUUAGGACCUUUAUGGAAAUCACAGUGGGGUUUUUGUUUGUUUUUGUUUGUGAACAGACACUUAGACAUUUUGGAAUGUAUAACAUUGAUCCUUGUGCUGGAAUUGUUUACAUGCAAAAAGGUAUUUAUGAUUUUUUGCAAACUGCAAUGUGCAAUUUUGUACAUGUGUUUUAAACUACAGAGUUUAUAAGGAAGAUAUUGUAUGUACAGUACUUGGACAUGAGUAUUAUUUCUUUGAUAUAAAUAUCUAGAGGAAAAUUAAAACUGCUUUAUAUUCAUA